GGAGCCGCCAAGUACCGGCGCGUCGCUCUCUGUGACACCUCCCCGCUGUCAUUUCUCACUUUCUCAACCUUUCUGUGAGACUCGGGCUGUGGACGUUCGGGAUCGGGCCUCUGUGGAGAACCGCGCUGUUUCUGGAGAAUAACUGAUGUUGCAUCUCCAUAUGAGCGAAUAGGGAGCAGGACUCUCCCCUCACAAGGUUGGGGCUUACCCAGCUGUAGAGAGACCCAGACCUGGGGAAAGAUCCAGAUCAAUAUGGAGUCAUUUAUCUUCUGGAGGGCUGUCUUCUUCUUCCUCACGCUUCCCACUGUCCAGUGUGCAGAGAGUCAGCCUCAGAGCGCCGUGUUCCUGCCAGAGUUCGCCCUCUCACCUCAGGGCAGCUUCAUGGAGGAUGCUACAGAAGAUCAGUUUCUAACCUACAGAUACGACGACCAGGCAUCCAGGACAACCCGCUCGGAUGAAGACAUUGGAUGGGAUGCCUGGGGCCCCUGGAGCGAGUGCUCUCGCACCUGUGGAGGAGGAGCCUCCUACUCUUUACGACGCUGUCUCAAUGGAGGAAGCUGUGAUGGCAAAAACAUCCGCUACAGAACCUGCAGCAACAUGGAUUGCCCAGCAGAGUCAGGUGAUUUCCGGGCCCAGCAGUGUUCAGCCCACAAUGACAUCAAGUACCAGGGUGUCACCUAUGAGUGGUUCCCAUCACCAUAUGACCCAUCAGCACCCUGUGCACUGCGGUGCCAGGCCAACGGGAGAAGUCUCACUGUUGAACUGGCCCCCAAGGUGCUGGACGGAACACGAUGCCGGACCGAUGCUUUUGACAUGUGCAUCAGUGGAGUGUGUCAGGAGGUGGGCUGUGAUCGGCAGCUGGCCAGUGGUGCCAGGGAGGAUAAUUGUGGUAUUUGUGGAGGUGACGGCUCCACGUGCCGGCUGGUCCGUGGACAGGCUCUACCCCACCUCACACCAGAACAAUCUCUGAAGACAGUGCUUGAGAUGCCAUUAGGAUGCCGAUUUCUCAGACUCAAUGCCAAAGGACCUGAUAUGAUAGUUAUCGAAGCCGUGUCUCUUCGGGGGAGGAAGGAAGAGACCAGUCUGGUGUCUACAGGCUCCUAUAUGAUAGGAAACACCUCCUUGGACUUUCAAAGAGGCACGGACAGGCAGACACUCAGGACACAUGGCCCACUCAACGCUGAUUUCAUUAUCAAGAUGAAGUAUGGAGGCCCAAAGGACACAGUUGUCCAGUUUCUCUUCUACCAGCCAAUCAGGUACCAGUGGAGAGAGACUGACUUCUUUCCCUGCUCAGUCACCUGUGGAGGAGGCUAUCAGCUGAACUCUGCAGAGUGCAUAGACAUCAGAUCCAACCAGACCCUGCCAGAGCAUCACUGUAACAGCUAUCCUGAAAACACCAAGCCCACACCAAAACUCAAGGAGUGCAACAUGGACCCCUGCCCAGAGAGCGAUGGAUUCAAAGAGGUGAUGCCAUAUGAUCACUUCCAACCUCUGCCCCGCUGGGAGCAGGGCCCCUGGACCCAAUGCUCCGUGUCCUGUGGUGAAGGUGGCGGCUGGCAGGAUCGCAGCGUGCUGUGUGUGGAGGAGGACACCCAUGGACAGUUCUCCCAGGUGGAGGAGUGGAAGUGCACCCACUCCCCUCGACCUAUCACCCGACAGAUUUGUAACACCUUUGCUUGCCCCCAGUGGGUGGCUAUGGAAUGGUCUCAGUGCACAGUGACCUGUGGCCGUGGCCUGCGUUACCGGGUGGUUCUGUGCAUUGACCAUCGUGGGCAGCACAUUGGAGGCUGUGAAGCUUCACUGAAACCUCAUGUUAAAGAAGACUGUCUGGUACCUAUUGCCUGUCACAAGCCCAGAGAAUCCCUGCCCGUGGAGGCCAAGCUUCCCUGGUUAAAACAAGCCCACGAACUGGAGGAACAGCAUACUGCUACAGAGGACCCCACAUUUGUACCUGGGCCCUGGUCACCCUGCAGCACCACCUGUGGGCCUGGCAGGCAAAUUCGGGAGGUAAAGUGUCAGGUGCUACUCUCGUUCACCAAGACGGAGGUGGACCUUCCAGAAGAGGAGUGUGGUGAAGACAGACCCCAGGUGGAGAGACCCUGCAACUUGGGACUAUGUACCAAAGUUCCAGGCAUCUCUGCAGGCCUCCAAGACCACGGGGCCCCUUACAUCCAGACAGAGGAGCUGUACAGCUGGGACUACAGAGGCUUCACCGCCUGCUCAGCCACAUGUGCUGCCGGUGAGGUUUCUGGAAUAGACGUUUGCAGUUGA